AUGGCCCCCAUCUAUUCAGUUAUUGCUCUAGCUACUCUGGCUCUGGCUGUUGAGGCCUCUGAAUGCUGGACCUCAAUUCGAAACGAUACAAUCGCCUGCUACAACAGUGCCCCCAUCACCUUCAACUUCGAUUUGAAAACGGCCACCGAUUGCCGGAACUGGUGUGGCGAGAUUGAAAAAUGUCAAUCCUGGACCUACGUCGAAUACUCAAACCAGUGUGAUCUUUAUCGCACCGCAGCUUUGAGCAUUUCGAAUAACACUGGCUUCACCUUUGGCGGGUGUGACCCUGUUGGAACUCCGUCGGUCAAUAGUUUCACUCCGUCCCCAUUCAGCAUAUCUGCGACUAGCACUGCUAGCACACAUGUGGAAAUUGAGACUGGCCAUUUGUCCCGGGCCGUGCGCGGAGUGGGUCACGGAUAUGGCCGCAAGCAUGGACAUGGCCAUCACUAA